CUCUCUCUCUCUCUCUCUUUCACUCUUCAUUCCCUUGUCCUCCCCUCUGCGGGCUCAGGCUGCCCACUCAGCCACCUCUCCCUGUCAACGCUAGCUAGCAGUGCAAGCCAGAGAAAGAGAAAGCUCCUAAGCCCAUACUUCAUUUCUGUUCUGUGCUUCUUUAUUGCUGUCAGAGGUAAAACAUGGCUCAACAGAAGUUGUUAGCACUUGUAGUCUCCAUAUGGGCUUGCAUGUGGGGGCUGUUUCCAGUGGAGGGGACUUACUAUGGCCACCACAUCUACAACUCACAUGUCAUCGGCCAUCGUAUGCCCAGUCACGCUGCCCCCAGACCGUACGGUAGCAUGGACAACCAGCUCCCCCCUGAGCCCCACGCUCCGGAGGUGUCGCCCCGUGCUCCGGAGGUGUCCGGGGGGACUGACAUGUCUGGGCUUCCAGAGGUGUCCGGGGCUCCCGAGAUGCAGCAGACAGUCAACGUGAGCCGCGUGUACUUUGGGGUCAUGUUUGAUGCGGGCAGCACUGGCACACGAGUCCACAUCUACAAGUUCAUCCAGAAGGAUCCAGUUGCGUUGCCGGUCUUGGACAAUGAAAUGUAUCAUGCUGUGAAGCCUGGUCUCUCCGCAUAUGCAGACAAGCCUGACAUGGGUGGGGACACCAUAAGGCAGCUUCUGAAGGUGGCCAAGAAGACUGUGCCCAAGAGUGAGUGGAAACAGACCCCUGUAAUACUGAAAGCCACCGCAGGACUCCGCCUGCUGCCAGAGGAGAAGGCCAGAGCCCUUCUGGAUGAGGUUAAAGAAGUCUUUGAAGAGUCACCUUUCUUUGUGCCAAACAACAGUGUGUCUCUUAUGAACGGCACCAAUGAAGGUGUGUUGGCUUGGGUGACAGUGAACUUCUUAACAGGUCACUUGUAUGCCAAGACCAGGAAGACAGUUGGCAUCUUGGACCUGGGCGGCGGGUCGACCCAAAUUACAUUCCUCCCUAAAUCAAAGAAAACUGUCCAUACUGCCCCUCCCAGCUACAUUGCCAGAUUCAACUUAUUUAACAGCACAUAUGAGUUGUACACACACAGUUAUCUUGGCAAUGGACUCGUUGCGGCGCGAUUGGCUACACUUGGGGCCCUCGGUGCCGACGGUCUUGAUUGGAAAGUCUUCACAAGCUCUUGUCUACCAAAGAAGUUCAGAGAGGACUGGACCUUCGGUGGUCUCACGUACAAAGUCAGUGGGGUCCCAGAUGGUUAUGCCGGAUACAAGCUCUGCUACUACGAGGUGAUGCGUGUGGUGAAGGGCGUCGUCCACCAACCCUAUGAAGUGAAGGGGAGCAGCAUCUUCUACGCCUUCUCGUACUACUAUGACAGAGCAGUCGAGUCUGGCCUCAUUGAUGGCUCUCGUGGUGGUGUUGUGGAGGUCAGGGACUUCAAGAAAAAAGCCAAGGAAGUCUGUAAUAAGAUGACCAAAUAUCGCCCUAUAAGUCCAUUCUUGUGCAUGGACAUGACAUACAUCACCUGCCUGCUGAAAGAGGGCUUUGGAUUCAAGGACAGCACAGUGCUGCAGCUCGCCAAGAAGAUAAACAACGCUGAGACAAGCUGGGCGCUGGGUGCUACUUUUGAUCACUUUAACAACUUUAAUAUUCACUAAGACCAUUGGAUAGAAGGGAACUAACUGGAGGUGAGGGGGCAUGGAUGUGAGGGCCUCAGGGGUGGAACACCCUACUUUAUUCAGAGAUUCCUGCCCUUGAUGUCCUAGGCUGUUUCCCCUACCAGGCCCCGGCCCUAUGGUCACCAAACCCUCCUGUCAUCAACACCCAUCUGACGACACCUCUGUUCUGUGUUGACUCGUCUACUGUACAUUUUAAUGACCUUAAUUAAUAUGAGCUUUGUCUGUUUUUUGUAUGGGUUGCUAUGGUUUUCUUCUUUCCAUCAAGAAGGAUAUGUUUGUGGGUAAAGUAAGGCUAUUUUGAGAGCCGUUUCCUUCUGCGGAGCUACACAUAUAUGCUACAUUAUAGUAGCAGGCAGAGAGGGAGUCAGCUCCUUAUCGUUUUAGUUUUAGAGAUUUAAAAUGAAUCUUUAACACUUAACAUCAUUUGUUCAAUAUUUACUACAACAACAGACAUAUAUAUAUAUAUAUAUAUAUUUAAAUUAAUUUUAUAAUAAAUAAAUAAUUUACAGUGCGCUAAAAUGUCUAAAGGGGUGAACUAGAAACAUAAUUAUAAUACAUUUGUUUGUCACUGAAAUAUAUAUUUUGUGUAUUUAUAUAGAUUUCAACUUUACUGUAGAGGCUAAGUAGUUUUGCGUAUUGGCACAGAAAGAAAAUUGCAAGUUGCUGAAAGAAAGUAUUAUUUUCUUGAUUUAUGAUAAAUGUACAGUUUUAUACAGUUUCAAGGACUUCACAACUUCUAACUUGGACAUUGAUAGGCAAUGUUUCCAAUGUUUGAAGACUCAGGUAUCAAUCCCAAUAAUCAUAUUAUCCAUAGUAAUGACAUAUUAAUGAUGGCAUACAAGAACAUUAAACCUCAAAAAAUCUAGUUUGUUACAAGCACUGUUGAUCUUUGUGAAUUCUUAUGUUUUGUAAUGGUACUACUUUUUCCACUUUAUUCUGUAUUUCUACUCAAAAGGUGCCACAAGGAUUUUUACUGUGCAAAAUAGCAUGAUCAUAUUAUUUCUUCACUUUCGACAUGACUGUGCAGCAUUUAUGGUAUGCUUUUAUGCACAUUAAUUCUCAAUGUAUAUAAUGAAGAAAUAAAAAACAUUCACCAUU